AUGCAUGUCUACAUUUUCAUGAGAAAUGGGUUAGAAUUUAAGUGUAAUGCUCGACCUCAUCCCCUUUUUACUGCUGCUACUGCAUCAACACAAUAUGGUAUAAUUGAAAUCUCUAAUGAAGAUAGUGAAGAUGAUAGUGAGGAAGACAUUAAGGAAGAUAGUGAGGAGGAUAAUGAGGAGGAUAGUGAAGAAGACAGUGAGGAUGAGAGUGAGGAAGACAGUGAUGAAGACAGUGAGGAUGAUAGUGAGGAAGACAAUGAAGAAGACAGUGAGGAUGAUAGUGAGGAAGACAAUCUUGCCAUGAAUAUGAAUGUGAUACUACCUACACAAAAUGAACCAAGAUUUAUUUAUGGCCUGGACAAGAAUUAUUUCAAGUACAAAGUGAACAUCUCCAUUGAUUUUGCAAGAAAUCAUGUUGGAGUUGAGAGGAAGAGGUUGUAUAUCUAUAGCACUGAGAAGAGGACAUAUUGGAGGUGUGAGUAUGUACCAAGGAACAAUGCUAGAGGAGUGAUGAAAAAAGCAAGGAUUGAAAUUGGAUGGAUCCAGUUUGUCACAGUUCACAACUUGAAGAAAACUGAAUCAGUGGAGUUCAUCAUGACUGCAAAUGAAGCUACAUAUGUCCUCUUUUUUGCUAUAAUCAGAAGGCCAAAUUAA